CUCAGAAAGAAUAUCACAACGUGAAAAUGAGAAGUUUUAUUCAAGGAGCUUAAAGAAGAGAACGAGGAAGCGAGAAGGCGUAAAAACAAUACCGCGAUCACGAAAUGGCAAAAAUUGUUUCAACCUAAUAGUUGGUUACUUUUCCCUAACUACUAAACAAACGAUGGAAAAGCCAUGGAAAAGCCAUGGAAACCCGACAACUUCCCCAAAGAAACACCAAACAAAUGUCCAGUCAAUAACCAAUCUGUUAGCCAUGCAGUAUUGCUGGUUACCACAAGAGCGACGUGAACCCGUUUUCCGGGAAAAGCCACCGGUGGUCAUCUCAAAUAACCGAUUCCAACGCAUCCGUGCCCAUGCCUACCAGACGGCAAAGCAGGAGCAACUCCAUCAGCUGCAGCUGCGCAAUGAGGCUGAUGAGAAAAUCCGAAUUGGAGGUGAGGAACUCCUCAAGAAAUUCGCAGGCCGGAAUCUCUGCAUCUCGCGGGAAGAGGAGUGCGCCCGGGAACUUAAGCAAAUGCAAGAGCAGCAUCUUGAGGCUAAGCGACUAGCGGAGGAGGAGACCAAGGCUUCUCGUUUGGAGCAUCAGAAAACUAGGACAAAACGCAUUGAAGCUGCCCAGAAACUUCUAGAACAACUACGGCCUGGCCCAAGGGAAUUACAGUGUGCUCGCCUACAAAGUGAAGUUAUGCGAAGUGUCAAUGUCCAACGUGAAGUCCAAGCGGAGUUCGCCAAGGCCAACCAGCGUCAGAAGGAACUGGACAGAAAGAUCUUCCAAGAGCAGGUGCUGCGUGGUUUCGAGGAGGCCCAACAGCGCCACAAGGAGCAAUGCCAGCAGCUGGGCCAGCACAAAAGGGAGCUUCUCCAAUUAAUAGCGGAGAGGGAACGGGAACGACAGGCGACCAAAGCCAAGGAGUUGCAGGAAGCCUUGCAAGAGCGGGAGCGCAAUCAACGUAUGUUGAAAGAUCAGCAGGACAAGGAAAAGCAACAGCAGGCCACCAAGCAGCGCCAGAAAAGGGAUGAGGCACUAGCCUCCUUGGUCAUGUCGGAGCAACGUCAGAAGCGUCUUCAAAUGCUCGAGGAGGUGGAGCAGGUGCAGUGCGAUAUCCACAACGAAGCCAAAGGAUACUUGGAGAAGCUCAAACGUGACAGAGCCAAGGAGCGAGUGGAGCAGCGCAUUCGGCGAAAUGAGAAACUGGCCAAGGAGUUGGCUCCUCGUCUGCACUAUAGUGCACGUGAGGAUGAGGAGCGCCACAAACGUCAGGUGGAUGAAAUGCGAAAAGUCCACAGUGCCGAGCAGGCUAAGAGAAGGGAAUCUAAGGAGAAAGCCAAGAAUGCCCGUUUGGCUAUACAAAAAGAGGAGGAGGAGCUGUCCAGGAAAAUCCGUCAAAGAGCUGAAGAGAAACGCAAGAAGGCCGUUAUGCUGCGCCUUCAAAACGAUCUUACCAAUGUCCAGUUCAAGCAACAGCAACGUCAGGAGCAUCUCCAACGAAUCAGAGAUCUCCGCCGCGAUCUGGAUGAGCAGGUUAAGAAGCGCAUCGAGGAGGAGACUCGACCAGGUACCAACUACAAUAGGGAGGCCCAACUGGAGGAGCUACGAGAGGAUGCCUUCUUCUUCGACUAUGCCCGCCAACUGAUGGACGAGGCCAAUGCCAAGGGGUGUCCCCUGAAGCCAUUUAUACGGGCCGUUGGUCAGUACAAAAAUGAUAAUGGUAUAGGAGCGGAGAUAAGGGUUCCACGUCAUAUGGUAACCCGAUUGCCCAUGGGCAGGCGAACUCAAGGUGAUAGUAAGAUGGAGGGUAAGGAAAAGUCCUUGGCGGAACAGGAACCCAAUGCAGAUGAGUUGAGUAAGGAGGAAAAAUUACAGAGACAGAGAAUCGAAGAGAAUCUUAAGAAAAUUGAGGAAUUGGUGUUGCAAGAGGCCAAGGCUAAAAAGGAUUUAAAGAGCUCAAAGAAAGACUAAAAUUAGAGAACAUUUUUGAUAAAAUUGGAAAUAGAAACCAUUAUAUUAUUUUUUAAGAACUUAAUGCUUAAGAUUUCAUUUUGAAUAAUUAAUCCAAAGAAACCUCAAAACAAAAUGGUUGAAAAUAAAACCCCUAACUUGACAUGAAUUGUGGUUAAAUUUGUAGGCUGUAACUUGAUGGCGAGGUAUUUGAGGGAUAUCCAUUACAGUGGCAACUGGAAACUCCUGAU